AUGUGUGAAAAUUAAGAAAUCUUUUGGAAGAACAUGAUUAAAUCAUUAUUGACAGAUAAUACAUUAAAUAUUAUAAGAAAUUAAUUUGAAUAAAUUAAAGAGCUUACAAGUUUUGAAAUUUCAUAAGAGGAUGAAUAAAUGAUGGUUGAUCAAAUUCACAGAGAAUUAACAAAAUCUAAUAUUCUAAAAUAUUUUUUUAAUUCUAUUUGGAUUUGGACACCAUAUUAUUAAGAGUGUUAAUAACAGCUUAUAUAAAAUCUUGUGCUGAAUUAAAAUACCUUACAAAGGUGA